UUGCUGAAUACAAUUCAAAGAAGAAAUGUACAUGGACCACGUCAAUUCGUCAAAAACUACGUUAUACUGACUUUGGAUUUCUGUAUUUUGUUAAUUUGUCCUGUACGUCGUCAUCAUCGUCGCAUGGAAAAAUAUAAUACAAAUAGUAUACAUUUUUUUGUUAAUACCGAAACGGAUUACACCUAGCAGUGAAAACCUUUAAAAUUAUGAACCCAUAUUUUUAAUACAAUGUAUUUGCUGAAGUACAACGAUAUUGGUUUUAAAAUCAGUAUAAGCCGCGUUCAAAAAAACGGGGAACUCUGAAAUCUCUGGCCUGUCACGCUAGUGCUUUCAAGACUAAUUGGGACUUCUGGGAGAAAACGAGUAGGUACUUCAGUUUUCCACCGGACUUCUGCUGGGAAACCCAGGUCACAAUGCGCUCUAGUCUUAGGGUCACGACCCGACUUUUAUCGUGCUAUUCAAGCACCCCAAGUAUGCGAGCUGUGAGCGCAUCGGUGUGUUCCUCAGCAUGCACGAUGAGGUGAGAACAGAGGAUAUUUUACACCAUGUGUUUAAACAUGGUAAGACCUGCUUCAUGCCUAAGUACUUAACUCGGGAUACCAGCAACCACAUGGACAUGGUAAAGCUCAACAGCAUGGAGGAUAUGAUGUCACUGCCUUUGACUUCCUGGAACAUCAGACAGCCCUCUGAUGAUGACAUUACCAGAGAAGAGGCCUUGGAAACAGGAGGUCUGGACCUGAUUUUGAUGCCUGGGUUAGGGUUUGACAGGAGCGGGAAGCGCCUGGGCCGAGGGAAGGGCUUCUACGACACGUACCUGAAACGCUGUAUGAACCACCCCAAGGGGAAGCCAUAUACCAUCGCUCUGGCCUUCAAGGAACAGCUGUGUGAGGACAUACCAGUCAAUGACAAUGAUGUGCUGAUAGACGAGGUCCUGUAUGAAGACAUGGAGUAGUUCACUGUGAACUGAUCAUCUAUAGGAUGGCAUUGAAUGGCAUUGUAGUGCAUGAAUAUCUUAUUUGCUGGGUUUCUGUGGAGCUGAGACAGUUGCCAUCGACGUUCCAUCACAAACAUAUCCUUAUACACUACACCAAGGCUUUGGUUUAAAUACUGCUACUGAUCCAAUAAGUUCAGUUUAAGCUUGGGUCCUCUUGUUUCACCUAAUUUUGUCACCAUGCUCAACAGAGUUGGCUUAAAAUGUGCCUGAAUUGGCAAGGAAUAAAAAGGUUAGGCUCUCUGUAGACGAGACUAGCUUGUUUUGAUUUCAACAUUUCUAUAAAUCCAUUCUUUGAUUUUUUUAACUGUCAGAGUUGCAUGUCCUCUGUAAUAAGACAAUUAAGCUGCCAUUUGGGGACACGAAGAAUUCAUUAAUAGAUUACACCAGGGGUCUACAGCUCUUCUCGUACGUGAGCCGGAGCCUGCUGGUUUUCUGUUCAGCCUCAUCAUUGCAUCCACCUGGAGUUGCAGAAAAAUGGAGUGGACCUGGCCUGACGGACCUGAGUUGAGUUUGACGCCCUUGUUUAUUGUUCAUUGUUUGUUGUCGUAGCAGUUUUCAUUGCAUUAUUAUUGAAGAAGGUGGACACACAAAUGUGUUUCAAUUAGUUUUUUUAAGAACUGCCCUGUGACUUAGUUGUUAGUGUAAUUGCUGUGAUACCUUUGGGAAUUAAUCCAUAUUUUCCUGGUAGAUACAUUUUUUAUUUACUUGUUUUGUCUGUUUCAAACUACAACCGAGCAAUAUGAUGUUGCCACGAGUAGCUGGAUGGAUCCGAGAUGGAGUCUGAUGCUGGACAUUCAAAUAAAUCUGAAAUUGCUGAUUACAUUGUGUAUCACUGACUGUCAUCUAUGAACAAUUAAAAACACUUCUAAAUGGAGAAAGUAAAUUAAC